UUUCUGAUUCCCUCUCUCCGAAUAAAAUUUUCUAUAUAUAAAGGACAUUUCGUUAACUGUUGUGAUACAUAGCCCCGUCUUAAAGCAAGGAGUAGAGUUACGGGAAUAAAAGCUUAGGUUUUUUUUUUGGGAGGGUUCCAAGUGUUGCUUUCUUCUUGUUGUUUUAGCUACUUGUUGCAGGGAAACAAUUGGUUCUCUUUACUUUACCUUUUCUUUUCUUUGGUUUUAUCUGUUGCUUUCUUCUUGGGGGCCGCUUGUGGUAUGGUUGCUAUAACCUUUGAUUUAAAUCCUUUUUAUUUGUAACUCGAAAGACAUGUCGAACUGCAUCGAUGUUGCGCCUGAGCAACUCUGCUAUAUCCCUUGCAACUUUUGCAACAUCGUUCUUGCGGUGAGUGUCCCAUGCAGCAGCCUGCUUGAUAUUGUGACCGUCCGAUGCGGGCACUGCACCAAUCUAUGGUCCGUGAACAUGGCAGCUGCAUUUCAGUCAGUUUCAUGGCAAGAUAUUCAGGCACCGAAUCAUGCAAUGCAGGAUUAUAGGAUGAAAGAAUCGGGAUCCUCAUCCAAAUGCAACAAGUUCCCAAUGCGACCACCUGCCAACAAUGUCGUCACUGAGGAAAGGGUCGUCAAUCGACCUCCAGGGAAGAGGCAGCGAGUACCUUCUGCAUACAAUCAGUUCAUAAAAGAGGAGAUCCAGAGGAUCAAGGCCAACAAUCCUGAUAUAAGUCACAGGGAAGCAUUCAGCACUGCUGCUAAGAAUUGGGCGCACUUCCCUCAUAUCCAUUUUGGGCUGAUGCUGGAAGCCAACAAUCAAACUAAGCUGCAUGAUGCCUCUGAGAAGCAUAUCAUGUCAAGGACUGCAUUGUUCAACAAGUGAUUAGUGUGUUUAAGAUUGAAGAAGUAAUUAACCUUUCCCCAGUGAAGGCUAGCUAUGGUUUGAAAUUUGAAGUGAAGAAUAUAUAUAUAUAUAGUGUUGUUGAUGCAAUGUGUAUUUUGAUUUUGAUUUUCAAGAACUUGGAUUUAUAUCCUAAUUAGUUUUAUGUUAUCAUGUGAUCCACUUUGCUUGGUUUGUGUUAUCAUAAUAUUAUCCAGUACUUUUCAAAGUGAACGUAAUUAUGUAUGUAUAAAAUAAAUUCCAGUGUUCAGCUUGUGGGAAUUAAUAUAUCUCAUCUUUGUGAAAA